AUGACCACUCCUACAACAUCAACACAGGCUCAUAUCUUCCCCAGCAAAGGACUGGGGUUUAUCACCUUGGGGGCCUCACUUCAUAAUGUGCUUACUCGAGUGAAAUCUUAUCCACAAACAUAUCCAGCUAUCGACCUUGCAUAUUCCCCCACAGAUCCUCUUCGGAAACCCGUGAUACUUCAGCUCCCCUCGAACGGCUUGCGUCUUCGGUUCGACGGCCCUGAUCAGAGGCUGCGUUUGAUCGAAGUGCUUGACUUUUCUCGGAUAAAUCUGGUUUACAAGAGUCAAGAUGUGGUCAAGGGAGUAAAGUCAUCAGAACAACCCGUGUCUUCACCAGGCCCGAGCUUCCGGCACGUCUAUAAUCGCCUGUUUGGUCCCUCAUACCCAGGAGAAUAUGUACCGCCGGCAGACAAGUCUCCAUAUGGCACAUACGUGCUCUCGUAUCCUGGGAUCGCGUUUUCCUUCCCCCUCCAGCACUCAGCCUGGUCCGACCAGUGUGACUUCGUAGCGCUGCUGUCUUCCUCGGCUGCUCUGCCGGCCACGGCCAUGUCUAUCUUUCAAGGCUCAUCGUGGCCAGAGAUUCGCGAUAAGCUUUUUACACAGCAACCCCAGUACCCACGCUCAUCAGCUCUGAUAGGCAAGUCUCGAGAGUCCCUUGCCGAUGAAAUCGAAGAGUGGCAGGUCCUCGGUGCAGGCAAGCUCGGGGUGAUACGCAGGGCAGGAUCUUCGGUGUGCAUCAAACUGGGGGAAACAAGUUUUCAGGAUUUGAUUGCAGAUUUCGGGCCACCCGAUGCCAUAUAUCGUAAGAAUGACCGUCGAAUCUCGAUCCAUCGCGCAACCGGCGGGAAUGACAUACACCUGAGCCCUUCUCCAGGCAGUAUACAAGAUGGUGACCACUCAUCUAACAACAGUGUGACUGAUGAUUCUGACGAUGAAAUGGCUUCUUUCAAUAUCGGUGACCCUACCUCACUACCCGCAGAAUGUUUCUUGAAUUAUUUCCACCAUGGCUUCGAUGCCUUCAUCUCCCACCCAACCACACCUGGGCCCGCAUUCCCGGCUUCUGGCGUUCCUGACCCUUCGGUCCAGCCCCCAUCCUCCCAGUUGACAGUAACCAAAAUUAUCCUUCAUGGAAAUGUUCCAGGUUCUUACCCAUUUAACCGCCACCGCAGAACUCGGUGGAUAAUUCCCCUGGAUGACAACAACUGCCUGACCUCCGAGUCUCCUUACAACGAGAUCUCUGAGCAGCUACGGACUGCCUGGAGAGGAUACUACGCCAACCCCGCCGAGGAGCGUGCUUUGCAGCGACCGAUGGUACUGAACCGCGGCUGGGGGGACAGCCCCGAAAGCAGCGUCGAGUUCCUUGGCGGAUGGGAGGAAACUACCUCCAAAGGUCACCGGGCCAGCGGCGACGGUCAGGAUGGAGGAUUGGGAAAUACCGAGAUGUUCGGGUUCCCGGGCUUACUAUUCGAGGUGUUGAAGAACGGCGCCUUUAGGGCAACGGGAAUCUUCGCAGAUGACCUCACUUCCCAGGUGGAUACCUAG